AUGAGCCUGAUGCAACAACAUCAUGACGUCACAUAUCCUAGCGCUGUUUACUCCUAUCACGUGCAGCAGCAACAGCAGCAGCAACAGCAGCAGCAACAGCAGCAGCAACCGCAAGAAGUUACACUUCCGCGCUGCAUAGGUUGUAAUGCGGCCAUAUUGGAUUGUUAUGAAUCUACGACUCGGACUCGAUGCAUUCCCUCUCCCCCGCCAAAAAGUAGAGCCGAAUUAUCGCCGUAUUCAUCCGCAGUUGAUAAAAAUCCAAACAACUUCAUGCUGGAUAUCAUAUCUUCUAAUAACGCUGGUGCGCCUGCAAGCCGAAACUGUGACGUCACUAUGACAUCACUGACGACCGCUGCCAAAGAUUACGACUCUUUAUAUUCUAAAAGUUGUAGCUACAAUCAGCAGCAGCAGCCGCAACAACAACGGCACCUCCAUCAUAGUUACGAUAUUCAGGAAGAAGAUGAUGACGAGCACCUACUGAUUCGCCAACUUCAGAACUCUCAGUCGCAACCGCACCAGCCACAACAUCAACACUAUCAGACCCUUAGUUGCAACAAUGACAACAACAUCAAAUGUGAUUGUCUGAUUGAAACGCCGACCGCUUUACCAGCUUCUAACAACAUCAACAACAACAGCAACAUUAACAACAAUGAUGACAACAACAACAAUUAUAAUAAUAACAAUAAUGAGUUAGUGAAUCCGUUGCGCUAUUAUUUUCGAAAUUUGGCCACGGUGGAUUCGAACCCGAGAAAACAGAGUUACUGCCCGGUUUUUGACGACCAACAGAUUCAUUUCAACGACUAA